AUGGAUUAUGGGAUAGAUAGACUGAAGGGUAAGUGGAACCGUUUACGUAAAGUGCAUCGCUUGUUCGCUGAACUGGUAGGGCAUACAGGUGUUACAUGGGAUCCAAAUACCAACAAAGUUGAUGCUGCAGAGGAAGUUUGGCAACAUUUUUUUACGAUAAACAAGGCUAAGUACAAAAUAUUCAAGAAGGAAGGAUGUAAGCAUUAUGCAAUUCUUGGAGAGAUAUUUGGCGGGACUACAGCCACCGGAGGUUUAGGCAAUGCUUCCACUCAACUUCCUCCAACAUCAGAGGAAGAAAGGCAGAUAGAAGAUGAUUUUCUGAACAGGGGAGUGCAUGUACGUGCACAACAAAAUGAUGAUGAAUAUGAUGAAGUUACAAGUAUUCGUCAUGACAAACGACGACGCAAGGAAUCCAAGACCAAUAAAAGUGAAAAACUUGAGGCUUGUAUAGCUCAGUGGUCAUCUACAGUAAGUAUGAGAAGUGAAGAAACUGAACUUAGGAUGCUUUACCUGAAAGAAAAGCUUGCACACAUGCAAGGAAAAUCGUCUAUUCAAUCUAGCAAUUCUGAAGCCACUAGUCCAGAUCCGUAUUCAACAAAGGUUUUCCUAGACAUCUUAAAUAGUAUGGAAGGAGUGUCUAAUGAAGAUUAUAUGAAAGCAAUGAAGGCUUUUAAGGAUUCAGAUUUUAGGAUGUCAUUUGUGGAGAUGCCAGAAAUUAGGAGAGGACCUAUCUUGAAUCUUCUUUGA